AUGGUGAUGAGCACGGUAGUGGUUUUGGUCAUGAUUGUGAUAAGGAUUGUGGUGGAUUGUGAUGGUCAUGAUAGUGAUGAGCACGAUGGUGGUGGUGAUGGUCAUGAUAGUGAUGAGCACGGUGGUGAUGGUAGUCAUGAUGGUGAUAGGCACAGUGGUGGUGAUGGUUAUGAUGGUGAUCAGCCCGUUUGUGGCGAUGGUGGUGGUCAUGAUGUGGUGGAUGGUGAUGGUCAUGAUGGUGCUGACCACUGUAGUGGUGGUGGUGGUGGUGUUGGAGGUGGUGUUGGUGAUGGUCAUGAGUGUAUAAGCACGGUGGUGGAUGGUGGUGAUCAUGAUGGUGGUAAGCACGCUGGUGGUGUCGGUGGAUAG